GCGCAGGAGCGCGGGAUGGCGGCGCCGGGGGGCCGCAGGCCGGACUUCUCCUCGCCGGGGCCCUCCUCGGCCGGCGGCGCCGGGCGCAGGAGGCUGCUGCGGACCCAGACGGUCGGCAACAUGGGGGAGUCCAUCUUCGACAGCGAGGUGCUCCCCUCCUCGCUCGUCGAGAUCGCGCCAAUCCUCCGCGUCGCCAACGAGGUCGAGGCGGCCAACCCGCGGGUAGCCUACCUCUGCCGCUUCUACGCGUUCGAGAAGGCGCACCGGCUCGACCCGGCCUCCAGGUGCCACGGGGUGCGGCAGUUCAAGACCGCGCUCCUGCAGAGGCUCCAGAGGGAGAACGACCCCACCCUCAAGGGGAGGGUGCACCACAGCGACGCGCGCGAGAUGCAGCGAUUCUACCGCGAGUACUACAAGAAGUAUAUCCAGGCGCUGCAGAACGCCGCCGACAAGACCGACCGUGCCCUGCUCACCAAAGCGUAUCAGACUGCAGCUGUCUUGUUCGAGGUCUUGAAAGCCGUCAAUGUGUCGCAAUCUGUUGAAGUCGAUCAGGCGAUUCUGGACACACACUACAAAAUCGAGGAAAAGAGGAAGCUCUAUGUUCCCUACAACAUUCUCCCUCUUGAUCCUGAAAGUACUGAGCUAGCCAUUAUGCAAUAUCCAGAGAUUCAAGCGGCAGUUUACGCUCUUCGGAAUACUAGAGGCCUGCAAUGGCCCAGGGACAAGGAGAAUGAAAAGAAGCCCGAGGAGAAGAAAACUGAUAAAGAUCUUCUUGACUGGCUUCAGGCCAUGUUUGGAUUUCAGAAAGAUAAUGUAUCCAACCAAAGGGAACAUCUCAUACUGUUACUAGCAAACGUACACAUAAGGCAGAUACUAAAGCCUGAACAACAGUCUGAACAACAGUCUAAGUUGGAUGAUAGGGCUCUGGACACUGUAAUGAAGAAGCUAUUUAAGAGUUAUAAGAUGUGGUGCAAGUACCUCGGCCGCAAAAGCAGUUUAUGGUUGCCAACUAUCCAACAGGAAGUCCAACAGCGCAAGCUUCUCUAUGUGGGUCUCUACCUUUUAGUUUGGGGUGAGGCGGCUAACUUGAGGUUCAUGCCAGAGUGUCUAUGCUACAUCUAUCAUCAUAUGGCUUUUGAACUCUAUGGUAUGCUGUGUGGACACGUAAGCCCACUGACUGGUGAAAAUAUUAAACCAGCUUAUGGCGGUGACGAUGAGGCAUUCUUGAUGAAAGUUGUGACUCCAAUAUACAGAGUUAUAGAGGAGGAGGCUCUCAAGAGCAAGACAAUGAAAUCCAAACACUCACACUGGAGGAACUACGAUGAUCUCAAUGAGUACUUUUGGAAAAAUGAUUGUUUCCGUCUUGGAUGGCCCAUGAGAGCCGAUGCAGAUUUUUUCAAAACUCCCAAAUUUGCUUAUCCUAAUCGCCUGAAUGGAGAGGAAAGAUCUGCUGGCAGUGUCCGUUGGAUGGGAAAGAUUAAUUUUGUUGAGAUCCGUUCAUUUUGGCACAUAUUCCGUAGUUUUGAUAGAAUGUGGAUCUUCUUAAUUUUAUCCUUGCAGGCCAUGAUUAUUAUUGCAUGGAAUGGUGGCACACCAAGUGAUAUCUUUGACGUUGGAGUGUUCAAGAAGGUUUUGAGCAUUUUUAUAACUGCUGCUGUUUUGAACUUGGGUCAAGCAACCCUGGACAUUGUAUUCGGCUGGAAAGCAAGAAGAAGCAUGUCAUUUGCAAGAAAGCUGCGAUAUGUCUUGAAGUUAGUAUCAGCUGCUGCAUGGGUUGUGAUUUUACCUGUGACUUAUGCAUAUUCCGGGGGAAGUCCUUCGGGUCUCGCAAGAAUAAUAAAAGGUUGGCUUGGCAAUGGUCAGAAUCAGCCUUCAUUGUAUAAUUUGGCUGUUCUUAUAUACUUGGCGCCAAACAUGCUUGCGGCCAUGCUAUUUAUUUUCCCAUUUAUCGGAAGGCAUCUUGAGAUUGCAAAUCUUAAGGUUAUAACUUUCAUGAUGUGGUGGUCCCAGCCUCGGUUAUUUGUUGGCAGAGGAAUGCAUGAAAGCGCAUUCUCCCUCCUGAAGUAUACCAUAUUCUGGAUUAUCCUUUUAUCAAUGAAAUUGACAGUAAGCUUCUAUAUUGAGAUCAAGCCUCUUGUACAGCCAACAAAAGAUAUAAUGAGAGAACCGAUCCAGACAUUCCAGUGGAAUGAGUUUUUCCCUAAUGGAAAUAACAAUAUUGGUGUUGUCAUUGCACAUUGGGCUCCAAUAAUUCUUGUCUAUUUCAUGGACACCCAGAUUUGGUACGCAGUUUUCUCUACAUUGGUCGGAGGUAUCUAUGGGGCUUGUCGUGGACUUGGCGAGAUACGGACAUUAGGCAUGUUGAGAUCCUGCUUUGAAUCUUUGCCUUGUGCCUUCAAUAAAUUGUUGAUUCCUUCUGAUCUCACUAAGCCUUCGUCUGAUGAUGAACAAGAGAAAGACAAAAUAGCUGCAAGAUUUGCCCAAAUGUGGAAUGUAAUUAUCACAAGUUUCCGUGAAGAAGACCUCAUAGAUAACAGGGAGAUGGACUUGCUACUUGUGCCAUACUGCAAAGAUCGCGAAUUGGAUAUAUUCCAAUGGCCACCUUUCCUACUGGCUAGCAAGAUUCCGAUAGCACUGGAUAUGGCGGCAGACAGUGGAGGCAGAGAUCACGAUCUGAACAAGAGAAUGGGAUCGGAUCCAUACUUCUCCUAUGCUAUCAGAGAAUGCUAUGUUUCUUUCAAAAACAUCAUCAACACCUUAGUGUUUGGUCGACGUGAGAAAGUGUAUGUUUAUCUUACCAUACAUUUAGUCACUUCUAAUCCUUGUCUAGUUCUAUUUUUGUCUCUUUUACUCCUGCAUUCUGAUGCCCAUUUCAGUGUUAUCCAAGAGAUUUUUGCUGUUGUUGAUAAACAUGUAAAUGAAGGGACUCUGAUAAACGAUCUGUACAUGAGGAAUCUUCCAGCCCUGAGCAAGAAGCUCAUUGAGCUACUUGAGUUACUGCAAAAGAACAAGGAAGAAGACUUGGGUCAAGUUGUUAUUUUGUUCCAAGAUAUGCUUGAGGUGGUCACAAGGGGUAUAAUGGAGGAUCAAGAGCUUGGCGGAGUACUGGAUUCCAUAAAUGGUGGAAAUUCUAGAAAACAUGAAACGAUGACACCGCUUGAUCAGCAAGAUCAAUUGUUUACUAAAGCUAUUAAGUUCCCUGUGGUGGAAUCAAAUGCAUGGACUGAAAAGAUAAAGAGGCUUCAUCUGCUGCUCACAGUGAAAGAAUCUGCUAUGGAUGUCCCUACGAACCUCGAUGCUAGAAGCAGAAUAUCUUUCUUUGCAAAUUCUCUGUUUAUGGAGAUGCCAAUUGCUCCGAAAGUGCGGAACAUGUUGCCCUUCUCAGUCUUGACUCCUUAUUACAAGGAAGAUGUUCUGUUUUCAUCACAAAAUUUAGAAGAGUCAAAUGAGGAUGGAGUUUCCAUUCUUUUCUAUUUGCAAAAAAUUUACCCAGAUGAGUGGAAAAAUUUCCUGGAAAGGGUGGACCGCAAGACUGAGGAGGAGGUCCGUGAGGAUGAAACAUUGGAAGAUGAGCUUCGUCUUUGGGCAUCAUAUAGAGGACAGACAUUGACAAGAACUGUAAGAGGGAUGAUGUACUAUCGAAAAGCUUUGGAGCUUCAGGCUUUUCUUGAUAUGGCCAAGGAUGACGAUCUUAUGAAAGGCUACCGAGCAACAGAACUCAUGUCUGAGGACUCUCCACUAAUGACACAAUGCAAAGCGAUAGCUGACAUGAAGUUCACUUAUGUUGUCUCCUGCCAGCAGUAUGGAAUCCAGAAACGUUCUGGUGAUCCUUGUGCACAUGAUAUUUUAAGACUAAUGACAACAUAUCCAUCUUUUCGGGUUGCCUACAUUGAUGAAGUUGAAGCACCUAGCCAAGAUAGAAACGAGAAGAUUGAUAAAGUUUACUACUCAGUUCUGGUGAAGGCUGCUGUUACAAAAUCUAAUGAUCCUGGACAGAGUCUUGAUCAGGUCAUCUACAAGAUAAAACUUCCAGGCAAUGCUACUCUAGGUGAGAGAAAGCCAGAAAAUCAGAACCAUGCAAUAAUUUUCACUAGAGGUGAAUGUCUCCAGACUAUAGAUAUGAAUCAGGACUAUUAUUUGGAGGAGGCUCUUAAAAUGAGAAAUUUGUUGCAAGAGUUUCUGGUGAAACAUGAUGGUGCGAGAUAUCCAUCAAUUCUUGGAGUAAGGGAGCAUAUAUUUACUGGCAGUGUUUCAUCCCUUGCAUGGUUUAUGUCAAAUCAGGAGACCAGUUUUGUGACCAUUGGACAGCGUGUACUUGCCAAUCCAUUGAGGGUUCGGUUCCACUAUGGCCAUCCUGAUAUUUUUGAUCGCCUUUUCCACCUUACAAGGGGUGGUAUAAGUAAAGCAUCGAGGAUUAUCAAUCUUAGUGAGGACAUAUUUGCAGGAUUCAACUCUACAUUACGUGAAGGCCUUGUCACUCAUCAUGAAUACAUGCAAGUUGGCAAGGGGAGGGAUGUGGGUCUCAAUCAAAUUUCUCUAUUCGAGGCAAAGAUAGCAACUGGCAACGGUGAACAGACACUGAGCCGUGACAUCUACCGACUGGGGCAACGUUUUGAUUUCUUCAGAAUGUUGUCCUGUUACUACACGACCAUUGGGUUCUAUUUCAGUAUGAUGAUUACGGUUUGGACUGUGUAUGUUUUCCUUUAUGGGCGGUUAUAUCUUGUCCUCAGUGGACUGGACAACGCACUUGCUACUGGAAAGAGGUUUGUGCACAAUACACCUCUGCAAGUUGCUCUUGCAUCAGAGUCGUUUGUUCAACUUGGAUUCUUGAUGGCGUUACCCAUGAUGAUGGAAAUUGGUCUAGAGAGAGGAUUCAGAACGGCAUUAAGCGACUUUGUGCUCAUGCAACUCCAGCUAGCAUCUGUUUUCUUCACAUUUUCACUUGGGACCAAAACUCACUAUUAUGGAAGGACGCUGCUCCACGGAGGAGCCGAAUACAGAGCGACUGGACGUGGGUUUGUGGUCUUCCAUGCCAAGUUUGCUGAGAACUACCGCCUCUAUUCCCGCAGUCAUUUCGUGAAGGGUAUCGAGCUGAUGAUCCUGCUGAUCGUGUUUGAGAUCUUUGGGCAGCCGUACAGAGGAGCCAUAACAUACAUCUUCAUCACCGUCUCCAUGUGGUUCAUGGUUGGCGCGUGGCUCUUCGCACCCUUCCUGUUCAAUCCUUGUGGGUUUGAGUGGCAGAAGAUCGUGGACGACUGGGCUGAUUGGAACAAGUGGAUCAGCAACCGUGGGGGAAUCGGUGUAGCACCAGAGAAGAGCUGGGAAUCAUGGUGGGACAGAGAGCAGGGGCCUCUUCGACAUUCGGGCAAGUGUGGCACUAUUCUGGAAAUUCUGCUUGCACUGCGCUUCUUUAUCUAUCAAUACGGGCUUGUGUACCAUCUGAAUAUAACGAAGCAAUAUAAACAAAGUGUGCUGGUUUAUGGCUUCUCAUGGGUUGUGAUUAUGGCCAUGCUGCUUGUGAUGAAGACCGUGUCAAUGGGCAGGAGGAGGUUCAGCGCGGAGUUCCAGCUCGUGUUCCGGCUGAUGAAGGGGCUGAUAUUCAUAACGUUCAUCUCCAUGAUCGUCAUCUUAACGGCGAUUGCUCACAUGACGAUUCUCGACAUCUUCGUCUGCAUCCUUGCUUUCAUGCCGACCGGAUGGGGCUUACUUCUGAUUGCCCAAGCGAUCAAGCCUGCUCUGGUGAUGGUCGGACUGUGGGGGUCGGUCAGGGCCCUCGCCCGCGGCUACGAGAUCCUGAUGGGGCUCCUCCUGUUCACGCCCAUUGCAUUCCUCGCCUGGAUUCCCUUUGUCUCGGAGUUCCAGACCCGGAUGCUCUUCAACCAAGCGUUUAGCAGAGGGCUUCAGAUCUCCCGGAUCCUUGGUGGGCACAAGAAGGAUUGGGCCACCCGGAAGAUGGAGUAGAUUCAGGGUUAGCUCUGUUCGUCCUACCAUCGUAUUCACUCUAGAUUCUGCUGCACAGUUAUUCUGUGUGCGUCGAACCAGACUAUGUUAAGUUGAUGGAUUCGGAGAUCGGGCGGUUGCGCUGUACACUACUGUAGUUAGUAUUCUCCAUUGUAGAUGUAGAUUCAGAACUGUAGUUAGCUCUGCAGACUGCAGGCGAGCGUAUGUGAAGCCCUGCAGCUGAACCUUGUUAUGCAGUGAUGUGGGAAGUGCUUUCUGGUGCAACAAAUGCUGGAGCCUUGAAGUCGUGGCA